GUGGAACUUCAAGGUCGAUACUCUGAGGCGCAAGGUGGCAUUCCUCAGAAGGUGCAACUUCAAGGGCGAUACGCUGAGGCGCAAGGUGGCAUUCCUGAGUUGCGGGGAGAUGGUGCAACUUCCAAGUGCGAUACCCUGCGUCGCAAGGUGGCGUUCCUCGGUGGCGGGGAGAAGGGCGACACUCUGAGGCGCAAGGUGCAAUUUCUCAGUGGCGGCGAGAAGGCCCGCCUCGCUCUGUGCAAGUUCAUGGUCACUCCGGCAACGCUGCUCGUGCUGGACGAGCCUACCAACCACCUGGACAUUCCCACCAAGGAGAUGCUCGAGGAAGCGCUGAGGGAGUUCUCGGGGACAGUGUUAGCAGUUUCUCACGACCGCUACUUCCUGCGGCAGAUUGUGAACCGAGUGGUGGAGGUGAAGGAUAAGAAGCUGCAGGACUACAGCGGUGAUUACAACUACUACCUGGAGAAGAACCUGGAGGCACGGCGCAAGGAGCUGGAGAGGGAGAGCGAGGUGGAGGCUGCUGCUCCUGUUGUGAAGGCCAAGAGCAAGAUGAGCAAGGCGGAGAAGGAGCUACAGAAGAAACAGAAGGCACAGGCGUUUCAGAACAAGCAGUCGCAGGGGAAAGUGGCCAAGAACGCCAAGCGAUGGUCGUAG